UGGGAUUGUGGCUUUCAGGGUGGGGCAUUUACGGACUUACAGCGCUUACAAGAAGAGUUCGGUUGAACGUGAUUUGCGGUGUUCGUCAUUGCGUGAUAUUUUAGUUUUUGAGUCGCGAUUCACGCGUGUGUGUGUGUAACCUAUUAGUACCUAAAGUAAUCUUGUGUGUAACCCAGGAAAGGAAUAGGUGAAAACUUCAUAAAUCUCUUCUAUCCAUCGUUUAGACACCAUACAGCGGUCAGUGCCGGUCGCUAUGCCGCCGGCGCUGUGAGCGGCUCCCGGCUCCCAGCGGCGCGGUUCAGUCGGCGCCCGGCCGUGGCGGAGUGAGGUGUUCGUGGUGUGUGCGGCGGAUCGACGACCGCCGGCAGACGGACCAUGUGGCGACGCGGCGGCGCGGCCGGCCGGCUGGCUGCGCUACUCUACUUAGGUGUGCUGGUGGCGGCGGUGGCAGCCGACCGGCAGUGUGACCCUUCAGACGAGUUUCUGUCGUCGGACCGGCAGUAUGACUUCCUGUACACGGGCUCGGUGGAGCUGCGGCACACGGCCGGCGCAGAGAUGGCCGCCAGCGCCUUCAGCUUCAACUGCGCCGUCAUCGUCAACGGCGAGCAGCCCUGCUACCACUCGCUGAAGCUGACGAUGUGCACGCUGGAUGACGGUGUCACCCAUCCGGACCAAGCGUCCCGGGAGCACAGCUUCAACCGACUGCUGAAAAGGGGCCACAUCCACUUCCACCUGUCUGGCGGUGAGCUGCAGGCCGUGUUUGUGGAUCCCGAGGAGGCCGAGUUCAUCACUAAUGUGCGCCGCGGCGUCCUCAACACGCUGCGGGUCAGCCGGGGUCUGUUCAACCGACCCGGAAAGAACGUGGAGGGCGCCUGUGAACGGAAUGUCAGUCGGCUGGGCUCGGACAGGUACCGCGUGGAGCGAUCCAGGGGCUGCGACCCGGCGCACAACACGCCCAGCAUACUCUCACCGUUCUCACCGCUGCAGUCGCUGGCGCUGCUGGAGCGGCAGCUGUCGGUAAAGUCGUCCUGCGACUAUGAGCUCGACUCCGAUCAGCUGCAGAAUGUCCAGUGUGAGCAGACCUGGGAGCUCGAGCAGCCUACCGGCGACCGUGUCCAGGUGGUGGUCAGGCAGGACCUGCGGCUCUCCUUGUCUCGCGCCGCGCAGAGUGCACUGCCCCAGAACAGCCGCGAGGCGCCGGCCGGGCUGGAGAUGCGCGACUCGGACGCCUUCAUCGACCUGGGACAUGGCUCGGUGUUUGAGCGUCUGAGGGAGCUGGGAGCCGUCAGUGUCCCUCUGAUGACCCCCGAGACGCCGCACAAGUUCACCGCUCUGCUGCGCGCGCUCCGGAGAAAGUACGAGAAUCCUCUGGAGAUGGCCGCCAACUGCACCACCUGCUCCACUUUCGAGAAGGGUAUGAUGUCGGAGCUGUCGCGGACGGCAGUACUCCAGUGCGGCUCGGCGCCCUGUCUCCGUCAGGUAGCUGACAUGGUCCGAGAGGAGCAGCUGACCGGCGCUCGGCUCACGCCGCUCUACCUCUCCUGGCACUGGACGCCGAUCCGUGACGCGGAGAGCGGCCACUCGAUGUUCGAGUUGUGCGAGCUGGCGCCGACGCGCUGGUGCCUGCUGGGACUGGCGGCGGCGCUGCGCCGGAGUGCGGUACCCGGCGGCCCCAGUCUGGAGCGGGUGGCGGAGCGACUCAGGGACACGGCCGCGGAGAUGAUCGGACCCGACUGCCGCCGGCCCGACGGAGAUGUCAUCAUGGCGCUGAAGACGCUGCGCAACAUGGGCCCGUCGGCGCUGGACCACUUCCCGACGCUGAGUCUGGUGCGCUCCUGUGUGGCCGACGCCACGCGGCCGGUGAUGGUGGCCACAGAGGCGGUGCGCACCCUCAGCGCCGCCCGGCUGCCGCCCAAGUUCGCGCGCCUGCUCCAGGACAUAUACCAGAGUGAGAAGCAGGCGCUGCUGACGCGCCAGCUGGCCUACCUGUCGCUGCUGCGUCAGUUCCCCUCGGAGCGCGAGUUCCGCGCCGCUCUGGUGUGGGCCAGCUCCAAGCGCUCGGACGCUAUGCCCAGCUUCAUCCUGCGCCACUGGAAGCAGUUCCCGCUGACGGACCCGCGCCGGCCGCUCACCCGCGCGCUGGCCCAGGAGCUCGGCGUCGACCUGGCCGCGGUGCCCGACUCGCUGUUCAACUCGGCCACGGCGUCCGUGGUGCGCGAGUUCCAGCUGGGUGAUUGGCUGCGCGCGGUGCUGCCGGCGGUGGCUGAGCCGCAGGCGGGCCUGCAGCUGUGGCGGCUGCACGGCGCCUCUUUCCUGCCUCACCUGCUCUACCUCAACACCAGCCUGCAGCUGGGCGCCGGACCUGUGGCGCCCGUCGAGCUCGAGCUGCGCGCCGUCGACGUCGAGGGUCUGAUCCACGACCUGGUCCGAGACCCCGAGUUCGACCCGACCAAGGUGCGCGGCAUACUGCGCGAGGUGGCCACCGCGCUGCUGGGCGCCUUCGGCGGCCGCUACGGCGGCGCCAGCUUCGUGGCCUCUCUGGACGAGGUCGAGGCGCCGGAGCAGCUGCGGCUGUCGCCGGCUGUGGCUGAAUGGCUGCGCGCCGCGCUACACUCUGUGCAGCGGCGGGCGGCGGCGCCGGCCGGCCGGCCCAGCGCCGUGCUGACGCUGAGCGUGGCCGGCAGUCAGGUGGCCUACCUGACCGCCGAGGAGGUGCUGCGCCGGCUGCAGACGCCCGAGCCGCCGCUCGAGCGGCUUCACCUGCUCGGGGAGAAACUGUUCCACAGCCACUCCGUGUUCAAGUUCCUCGAGGGACAGCACAGGGUACCGCUGGCCGUUGGCCUCCCGCUGGAACUGUUUACCGACGGCACCGUGAUGGCCGGAGCGGCGGCAGAGAUCAGCAGUCGACUCGGAACCUCAUUCAGAAAUCUGACCGAGGUGUUUAACGGUGACGCCCAGCUCUCCGCCAGCGCCGGUAUCAGCGUGGUGGCCGGCCUGGACGUGUCGCUGCCGCCGUUCGCCCAAGCGCGGCUGCAGCUCAACUCGACUGUGUUCACGCCGUUCAGUCUGAACGUGUCGUACGCCAUUCUGAACAGGACCAUCCAGCUGACGGCGCCCAAACCGGCCCGGAAACGCACCCUGCUGCUGAUCAGUCACGGCGCCCAGGUACUGCGCGGCGGCGAGCUGCAGCCGUCUCCGUCCGCAGCCGUGCGCACCACGCGCUGCCUGCCGCAGGCCGACUUCACCGGGCUGACGGUGUGCCGCGAGGUGCGCGCCGCCGGCCGGCUCGGCUUCACAGCGCCGCUCAGCUACCACGUGACGGCCGAGAACACCGACCCCAUCGACACGUACGUGCUGGACGUGUGGACGUCGGCCCGCCAGGACGGCUACGUGCACGGCGGCGAGGUGCACCUGUUCCUGCACCAGCCGGCCGCCGCCGCCGCCGACCUGCGUCUGCACGUCGGCUUCCGGCUGAUGCCCAUCAACUUCAACCCGGCGCUGUUCCACACGGGCCAGAAGGCCAACACCACCGUGGAGCUGGUGGUGGGGGACGAGGCCAGUCCCACGUGGCGUCUGUACUUGCUGCGCGCGCAGACGGAGCGGGACGACGUACUGUUCUCGGAGACCCGCGGCUCGCUCACCAACCGGGGCGUGACGCUGGUCAGCGCCGGCCUGGAGCAGCACCGCUCGCUGCCCUGGCUGCUGGGGCCGCGCCGCGACGAGCUGCUGCUGCGGCUGGCGGCCGCCGGAGACAGCGUGCAGUACGAGCGGCGGUACCGGGCCGCCCGGCAGACCGGCGGCGACGCCGACUUCUCGGCAGAUCUCCGCUACAGCACCCAGCGGCGCGACUCGCUGGUCGAACGGCUGCUGGCGCCCGAGCUGUUCGAUAGCGCCGCCCGCUCGGCCUGGCUCAAACUCAACUACACCCGGCGGCUGGCGGCCAACGAUGAGUUGACGGAGCUGAACUGGAGCCACCGCGGCAGCGCAGCCACGGCCGGCGUCACGCUGGCCGGGCUGCUGGAGCUGACCUCAACGGCCGACAGCAGCGCGCGGCUGGUGGCCAACGUCAGCUCCCAGCGCACAGAGACUGGGGAGGUGCUGAUGUACACCGCCGCCACGGCCGACUACAACAGGGACAGAGAGGGCGGCGCGGUGACAGACAGCCUGCAGACCUCUCUCAGCUACCCGGGCGCCGAGUUCUCGGGCCGGGCGCGCCUGGAGCGGCCGGCGGACGGGCCGCUGCAGGCGGAGGCCAGCGCGGCGCGCCGCGGCGGCUGGCAGAGCCGCCUGAGCGCCACCCUCUGGCCGCAGCGCCAGCUGACAGCCACCCUGGAACUGCCCGGAGAGCAGACGGUGACGCUGGACAGCGAGUUCGCCGCGCCGGCCCGGCCGCGGCCCUGGCUGCCUUGGUACAGGGACGACUACUCUUUCAUGCAGCGGUCUCGACUACACACCACCUGGCACGCGCUGGAGGUCAGCUCUCACACGGAGAUCACUAACGACGCCGACCGCCUGCUGGUGGACGCGGCGCUGAACCUGUCACUGCCCGGGGUGGCCGCUCGCGUGCAGCUCGACUGGGACAAGCCGGGGCGCCUCUGGGACUCUGACGUCGCGCUGGAUACGGCGCUGCUGCGACUCAACAGCAGCGUCACAUCGCGGCGCACGUCCUCUGGCGUCGGCAUAGAGCGGAGUUUCACCCAGAGCUCUGAGUCACCGGCCUGGGACAUUCUCGAUCACAGCCUCGAAGGCACGGUGCUGACCGACUGCUAUAACUGCUCGGAGAGGCAGCGUGACUUCGACCUCAAGCUGGAGCACAAGUGGCUGAGCCUUCGCUCCACCUCUAGUAGACAAUUCGGCGACGGUGGCGCCGCCGCCGGCAGACUGAGCAAACUCGACGUCGAGCUCACCAGGAAGGCGGACUUCCUGCCGUCGAUGACGUGCCAGCUGAAGCCAGAGGGCGACUUCAGCAUGGCGCUGACGCUGCCGGCCAUGGGACCGCCGCCCAAGCUGGACGUGCGCUUCACUAAGGAGCCGCCCGGCAGGUGGAAAAAGGUGUUUACCCACUCCCUGGAGGUGGAUGUGACGGACGGUCCGCGCGGCCGGCCCAUGCCCGCCCUCCGUGUGGCCGUGGAGACCACGCCGGGCGACCCGACCCGGCUAGCCGCCGAGCUGGAGGUGCAGCCGUCCCUGUGGCUCAUGGUGGGUCAGUCGGCGGCCGGCCGGCUGCAGCUAGCCGCCCAGCAGGCCGCCCAGGCCGCCAUGGACCCCAGUCUGCCCGUCAACCGACUGCUGGAACCGCUCACCGGGCAGGACACGCUGGUCGACUGGCUGAAAACAGUGCCGCACAGGCUGCUGGAGGCCGGCGGCUGGCUGGUGAGCCGCGCCGCGGCGCUCCUCUCGCCCUGGCGCUCGGUGGUCGCUCCCGUGUACCAGACGGCGCGGAACAUCGUCUACGCCACCGUGAGCUACGUGCGAGAGCUGACGGCCGGACUUCGCCAGACGGCCGGCGAGAUUUACAGGCAGGGAGCGGAGAAGGUCGCUCAGGGGCCCAGUCUCAAAGAGCGGGCGCUGAGCCUGCUGCCGCCGGAGCUGAUGGGCCAGUUGAUGCAGAAGCUCAACCAGCUGAUGUCGACGGCGCUGCAGCGGCUGCCGUUCAAGUUUGAGCGCAGCGUGCGCGGCGGCCGGACCCGCGUGGAGCUCACAGAGCUGCCCGACUACGCUAAUGUCGAGACCAUCUGGAACCUGAGCUCGGUGUUGCGCGAGCGGCUCCGGCAGCCGUCGGUGCUCUCUGAGAUGACGGCGCGGCCCGACGACCGCCGGCCACUGGCCGCCCUCUGGCGCGACGGCCGCGCACUGGCGCUCGACGGACGAUCCUUCAUGCUGCCCGCGCUGCCCGGCUGCGCGCAGCUGCUGCUGGCAGACGUCGAGCAGCGCGGCUUUUCCGUGAUGCGCUCCGGCCGCCAGCUGACCGUCACCUUCCUCGACUGUAACCUGAUGGUCAACGAGCGGGGCCAGGCGCACGUGCAGCGGUUUAACGUCAGCCUGCCACGGUUUCUACGGACCGAGGUGACGACCUCGCCGGGCCGGCUGGUGGCCCGCUCCAAGUUCGGAGUGCAGGUGGAGCUGGACCUCGGCUGUGGCGUGCUGCUGCUCCGACUGGACCCGUGGAUGGCACCGCGCACCGGUGGACUCCUGGCCGAGAGAGCGGGUAACGGGUCGGAGUCCAGCGGCGCGUCCUACGCGUACGGCGAGCACUGCGAUCGGCCAGCGCCGUCUGCCGCUGCGGCCGGCCCGGCACUCGACAUUGACAGCUGCGGCCGACUGGCCACACCCGAGUGCAGUCGGCUGACGGGUCUGGAGCGGGCGGCGCGCCAGCACCAGCCUCUCUGCGCCUCUCCGUCGCCGGUGGCGAUGCUGCUGUGGCGCGCCGACCCGCUGGCCAGCUCGGAGCCCGUGCACGUGCUGCUGGCCGUGGCCGACCCCGCUGUCGGCGAGGAGACGCUCCGUUCGGUGACGGGCGCGCUGGAGCGACACCUGACGCAGCUGGGACAGAGGCGCGUCCGGUACGCGCUGGUCACCGACGCAGCCGACGCGGCCCGUCUCUCUUGGGUGGAGUCGCCGGCCGAGCUGCAGCUGGAGGGCAAUAAACUGCGCUCCGAGGACCUGGUGGCCACGCUGCACCGGCUAAUGACGGCCCGACCGUUCCCCCGACAGCCGGCGCACCGCGUGCUCGUCGUCUUCGCACCCAGUGAUGAGGUGCGCGGCGGCGCGGCGCUGACGGGUCUGCGGCGCCAGCUGUGGAGCAGCCGCGUCUCCGUCCACCUGGUGACGCCCCUGGCGCAGUACCCCCUGCUGGAGACGCCCCUGCACGGCCUGAGGCCGAGCGGCGAGGUGGUGACGGCCAACAGCCGGCAGAGGCUCACCCUGCCGCCGCACCAGGGUGACCUGGGUCAGCUGUCGGCCGACUCGUCGGGCGUCGUGUGGGACACGGCGCUGCUCCGGGCCGACGGCGCCGUCACCCCCGACCUGAUGGCCGACGCCGUCUGGCAACAGGUGGCCAGAUCGGAGCCGGGCCCGCCGCUGCCGGGUCCUGCCGAGGCCGAGCGGGCGUCCCAGUCGGUCGGGUCGGCGGCGCCGCGCCCGGGGCCGGCCCGGUGGUCGGUACUGGCGGCGCUCUGCCUGCUGCCGCUGCGGCUGCUGCUGGCGGUACAGUGAUCUCCGACCGUCAGGCGCCGCGGGGGUGACGGUGAGGCGACAGCAGGCCGCCAGGCCAGUCACUGUGCGGGGAGCAGUCACCGGCGGCCGCCCCCGGGUUACUGUGCGGGGGAGUGUCACUGCAGACCGUCCCCGGUCACUGCGGGGCAGUGUCGAAUCCGUUCCCGGUCACUGCGAGGCCUGGCCUGGUCACUGCGGGCCGGCGCUCCGGAGCGGCGGCGGGCUGCCGAACGGCCGCUCCAGGGGUCUAGCUGGGAGGGUAGGUGUUUUAUAUGGUGUCAUCGUUACCUCGCUCUUAUUGACCGAACUGGAACUUUGCGGGAGGAGCAGAUUGGCGUGUCGUGGUGUGGAUCCUGAGCAGUUAUGGUUGAAUACUGGUGGGAAAAGCGUGCGAGAACAGCACGCAGCGAGGGAUGGGAUAGACUCUAAUUUUGAAAUGUCUGUCGCUUGUGUCUCCCAGUAUUGAAUCGAAACUUCACACGAAGUUCAAGCUGCGCUGAUAAGUCGCCUCAGACUGGGGCUGUAGCUGGGGCGGUGCUAGUAUUUGUCGUAUAUUCCGGGACAGCUGGUAUGGGGCAGUGUCGAGCGAUUUAUUUCGCUUUACACAUGACAGUUAUCUAAGUCACAUUGGCCGUUAUUUUCCUAUGAGUGUUGACCAGCACACAGUACGAGUGCACUGCAUUAUGACUAUUUGUGGCUGCUAGGGUGUGCGCCACAGAAGCUGCUGGGGAUUAUUCUGAUAAGCGUCGGUGUCUCUGCGUAUUUUCGUACUCUGGUUUAGCUUAGCUCGUCUGGUGUUAAGUGAUUGUAGGCAUUUUGGUGGGGAUGGUAGCUUCAGUCCGGGUCGACUGUAGCUGCCGGAUAUGCUGCACAACAGAUCGUCUGAUAUUCAUUAUUCCAUCCAAACAUGUGGGGGACAACUCGAUCUUGUAUAUUCCGUUAUCCAUUUGUAUUAUCUGCAAGCAGCAUUCAUUCAACCACCUUGAGGGCAUGUCGAAGCCAAAGAGCAGUAGGGGGAUGCGGCGGUUUCAGGACUAUGUGAAAUGUGAUGAUCGGGAAGCGGCAUAUUUUGCGGUCCGCUGUCUCAGUGGCGCUGUUGUAACCGAGGUGAUUGGGGUGUGCCUUCGAAAUUACCAGCCAUUACGAGUAUUAAUGACAUCGGGAGGGUUACCCAAGGUAUCGACGGGCUAGAUCGGAAAACUGGUAUUGCUGGCAUCCAGUCGGAGAUGUGAUAGUCACAUUGGUGUUGUGGGUAUUUCAGACAGUCACAGGGUUGUCGGAACUAAUCACUCGUGCGUGCUCCGGUCGUCGAAGCGUACAAAUGCUAACAUAGUCCGGAAUUAGUUGGCAAAGAACUUGUAUUCGCACUUGUAUCGCGCUAGGCAUUGUUUGGUAACCUGCUGUCGCAGUUUACAGAAGCUGACUUUUGUAUUCUACUUAUGUUUGCACGUCGUCAAUGAGACAGCUCCUCGAGUGAUUGGUAUAGAAGUGGGGUGUCGUGGCGCUGUGAUCGAUCACUGUACCGGUGGAUGUGUGACAGUGUCUGUGAGGCGCUGCCAGUCGUGUGCCUGUGAGCUGAGUGUCUGUACGAGAGUCGGACGGUGGCGGCCGGCGCGCGGUGGCCCCGUGUCGAACUGUGCGCCGGCCGGCCACCGACCCCAGGCCAGUUUCCGUGUGUCGCCGUCAGUCGGCGAGCUGCUCGGUCCCGUACGACGCCGUACGGCCGUGUGUCGCCAGCUGCUCAGUACGACGCUGUACGGCCGUGUGUCGCCAGCUGCUCAGUACGGCCGUGUGUCGCCAGCUGCUCAGUACGACCGUGUGUCGCCAGCUGUUCAGUACGGCGCUGUACGGCCGUGUGUCCCCAGCUGCUUAGGACGGCGCUGUACGGCCGUGUGUCGCCAGCUGCUCAGUACGACCGUGUGGCGCCAGCUGCUUAGUACGGCGUCGUACGGCCGUGUGGCGCUGUACGGCCGUGUGUCGCCCGUGUGGCGCCAGCUGCUCAGUACGGCGCUGUACGGCCGUGUGUCGCCAGCUGCUCAGUACGGCGCUGUACGGCCGUGUGUCGCCAGCUGCUUAGGACGGCGCUGUACGGCCGUGUGUCGCCAGCUGCUCAGUACGACCGUGUGGCGCCAGCUGCUCAGUACGGCGUCGUACGGCCGUGUGGCGCUGUACGGCCGUGUGUCGCCCGUGUGGCGCCAGCUGCUCAGUACGGCGCUGUACGGCCGUGUGUCGCCAGCUGCUCAGUACGGCGCUGUACGGCCGUGUGUCGCCAGCUGCUCAGUACGGCGCUGUACGGCCGUGUGUCGCCAGCUGCUCAGUACGACCGUGUGCCGCCAGCUGCUCGGUACGGCGCUGUACGGCCGUGUGUCGCCAGCUGCUCAGUACAGCGCUGUACUGAGCAGCUGGCGAGCUGCUCAGUACAGCGCUGCUGUACUGCCGUCUGUACUGCCGUACUGCUGUGUGUCGCCAGCUGCUCAGUACGGCGCUGUACGGCCGUGUGUGGUGUGCUGUGUGCGAGUCAGGCGGCCGCGGCUCCGUGUCCGGUCCCACAAACAUAUCGCGCUGUACCUCGCUCGUUGGUGGACUGACCCGGCGGCGUCUGACGCCCCCGGCGGGUGCGGAGGCGGUCGGCUCGGGGUGCAGCCACGGGUCAUGGCGGUGUCCCAGGUGAUCCCAGGUGCCGUCUGCUGGGAGGAUGGUGGGCAGAUAAUACAUGUGCUCCGAUACCGACAAA